AGAGUCGGUGCUGGUGUCCCCAAGAUGCCCCAGGACCUGGGGGCGCCCGCCUCGCCCCAGGCAGCUGUGAAAGCCUCGGGCGCGGGCUCGUCGAGGCCCACGUCCUGCCCGCCGCCCCAGCUCGCGGCCUUGAGGUCCUCGCGGUCACCGCAGCCCCCGGCUUCUCGGCGGGGCGCUGUCCACGCCCCCUUCCCGCAAAAGCUGGCGGAGGCGCUGAGCAGCCAGUAUGGGCUGAACGUGUUCAUGGCGGGGCUACUGCUGCUGCUGGCCUGGGCGGUGCACGCGUCGGGCGUGGGCAAGAGCGACCUGCUGUGCUUCCUCACCGCGCUCAUGCUGCUGCAGCUGCUCUGGAUGCUGUGGUACGUGGGCCGCAGCUACGCCCAGCGCCGCCUCAUCCGCCUCAAGGACAAGCACGCGGGCGCCGGCUGGCUGCGCGGCAGCAUCACACUGUUUGCAGUCAUUACUGUCAUCCUGGGAGGUCUUAAAAUUGGAUACUUCGUGGGAUUUUCGAAGUGUUUGUCAGCCACCGAAGGAGUCUUUCCGGUCACACACUCAGCGCACACUGUGCUGCAGGUGUAUUUUCUUUGGGGGCAUGCAAAGGAUAUUAUCCAGUCCUUCAAAACACUGGAAAGGUUUGGGGUGAUUCACUCAGUGUUCACCAACCUGCUUCUGUGGGCCAACGGGGUCCUCAAUGAGUCCAAACAUCAGCUUAAUGAACACAAGGAGCGACUGGUCACGCUGGGCUUUGGGAACAUAACAAUAGCUCUGGAUGACCACACUCCUCAGUGCAACUGUAGCCCCCCACCUCUCUGCUCGGUCAUCUCUCACGGCAUCUACUACCUGUACCCCUUCAACAUAGAGUAUCAGAUCCUGGCCUCCACCAUGCUGUACGUCCUGUGGAAGAACAUUGGGCGCAAAGUUGACAGCCAUCAGCAGCAGAAGAUGCAGUUCUCGUCCGAUGGGGUCCUGGUGGGAGCGGCCCUGGGCCUGACUGCGCUGGCUGCCACCAUUGGGGUGGUGGUGGUGUACCUGAUUCGCAUUGGGCGCUCCAAGAGUAAGAGUGAGUCAGCACUCGUCAUGUUCUACUUGUAUGCCAUCACCCUGCUGAUGCUCAUGGGGGCUGCAGGGCUGGCUGGAAUCUGGAUUUACAGGAAGAAUGAGAAAUCACUAGAUGAGUCCAAAAACCCAGCCCGCAAACUGGACUCCGACCUCUUGGUGGGCACUGCCUCGGGCUCCUGGCUCAUCUCCUGGGGCUCGAUCUUGGCUAUCCUCUGUGCCGAGAACCACCCCCCCUACACCUGGUACAACCUGCCCUACUCCCUCCUGGUGAUUGCAGAGAAAUAUAUCCAGAACCUCUUCAUCAUCGAGUCCAUCCACCGUGAGCCUGAGAAGCUCCCUGAGGACAUCCGCACUCUUCAGGUGGUCACGGUGUGCAGUGGCAAUGCCGUGUCCCUUGCUUCUUCCUAUCUCAGGAGUGGGGGUGUGACUGGAGAUGUCCCUGGCCCGGGCAGUGCCGAGGCCCAUGCAGCCAAUGGGAAUGUGUGUCUGCGAGGAGGCUCGGGAAAGGAAGAGGAGGAGAGUGGCUGGGGAGGGACCCUGAGCCCAGCCUGCUGUUCCCAUUUCUUGCAGGGCAAUGCCAAGAGAAGAGUCUUGAGGAAUAUUGCAGCCUUUUUGUUCCUCUGUAAUAUUUCGCUUUGGAUACCUCCUGCCUUUGGCUGCCGCCCUGAGUAUGACAAUGGAUUGGAGGAAAUUGUCUUUGGCUUUGAGCCUUGGAUAAUUGUGGUCAACCUGGCCAUGCCUUUUUCUAUUUUCUACCGAAUGCAUGCAGCUGCCUCCCUCUUUGAGGUCUAUUGUAAGAUAUAAUCUGGGUCCACAAGAGACUGAGGAAUGAGUGAACAAGAGAGUUCACUGGAGCCACCUGGGAAAGGCCACCUUGGGCAAA